UACAGUUGUGUCCAAAUCUUGCAAGACAAUCGUAUCUGAAAUCGUGAUCUAGGGAGAUGCAUUGAUUGCAAUGCUUAGUGCAGAAGUAGGUUAACUGAAAAAAUGUAUCUGCUCUGGUGGUGUUGUAGAGAUUUUUUCCUCAAGUCAAUAUAGCAAGGAUAAAGCUCAAUAGAUCGAUGGAAUUGGGUAGAAUAUGGCAAUAAAACCAACAGUUGCAUUGAGGGCUAUACUUGUUGGAGGGGUUGCAGCAUUCGCUAAAAUAGCCGGCGCAAUGAAGGCCGCAGGUGGUGUAAAAAUGGGCGCAGCUGCGGCUGCAAUGACAGCAGCAGCAACCGCAGCUGUGGCAGGAUCAAAACAAGAACAAAAAGAUGCUCCUCAACAGUCUCCAAAAUAAUGUAUCUUUAUUUGUUUCUGGAUUUCUUUAUGUAGAUUAGUUGAAUCUUCCCCAAGUUUUAUGGGAACAAAGAGAGCCAUUUGCGGAUUGUGAUAUUGACAGAUGGUGAAUAUAAUAACCACUUCAAAUGUUCUGUUAGAUAUGGAAUCAUGAAGUCUUAGAUGAAGCUGUACACUCAGCUGAGUAGUGUGUUUUAGAUGUUGUAAAUUUUAUUUUGCAAAAUGAUGACUUUGCAGUGAAUUUAUUUUCUUUUUUCUUUUUUUUCAACUUUCCUGCCAGUUUAUGUUUGUAUUUUUAUAUAAAGUUUAUUUUAAUACUUAAUAACACGAUUUCAUUUUUGCAUAA